AUGUUGAUUAGAAACCUCCGAAGCUCCGUCGCCGCUGUCCGCCGUUUCUCGGCGGCGGCGAAGGUGGAGAAGGUGGUGAGCUCCAAAACGACGAAGGAGUCUGGCGGUGGAGGAGACGCGCUGGGGAGGAGACUUCUGAGUUUGGUUUAUGCGAAACGCAGCGCGGCGGUUACUAUAGGGAAAUGGAAGGAGGAAGGAGGCACUGUGCGGAAGUAUGAGCUCAAUCGGAUCGUGCGUGAGCUUCGGAAGCUCCGGCGUUAUAAGCAUGCUCUCGAGAUAUGCGAAUGGAUGACUUUACAAAAGGAUAUCAAGCUACUAGCUGGUGAUUAUGCUGUUGAGUUGGAUUUGAUUGCGAAGGUUCGGGGUAUGAAUAGCGCAGAGAAGUUUUUCGAGGAUCUACCUGAGCAAAUGAGAGAUGGAAUAACGUGUUCAGCUCUUCUGCAUACCUAUGUGCAGAAUAAAGAGUCUGCCAAAGCGGAAGCUCUGUUUGAAAAGAUGAAAGAGUGUGGUUACGUGAAGAAUCCCCUUCCAUAUAACCACAUGCUGUCUUUGUAUGUGUCGGAUGGGAAAUUCGACAAGGUUAGGGAUGUAAUUGGGGAGAUGAAGGUUCAUAGUCAACCGGAUGUUGUCACUUACAAUCUAUGGUUAACAGUUUGUGCUUCGCAAAAUGAUGUUGAAAGUGCAGAAAGAGUGUUUCUUGAACUGAAGAAGAGAAAGGUGAAUCCGGACUGGGUGACAUUUAGCACACUAACGAACUUGUACAUAAAAAGCUCACAGAUUGAAAAAGCAGCCGCCACUUUGAAGGAGAUGGAGAAAAUGGCAUCUCAGAAGAAUCGAAUUGCAUAUUCAUCACUCAUCAGCCUUCAUGCAAACAUUGGGGACAAGGCUGGUGUUCAAAGAGUCUGGAAGAAACUAAAAUCAUAUUUCCCCAAAAUGAAUGACGCUGAGUAUACAUGUAUGAUUGCUUCGCUUGUGAAACUCAAGCAGAUCGAAGAAGCUGAGAAGCUCUAUACUGAGUGGGAGUCUGUCUCUGGGACUCAUGAUCCUAGGGUCUCGAAUAUAAUUCUUGCUGCUUACAUCAACAGAGACCAAAUGGAUGUGGCUGAAACCUUCUGUAGUCGCAUGGUGCAAAAUGGUGUCACCCCCUGUUACAGUACUUGGGAGCUUCUUACCUGGGGAUUUUUGAAACAAGAGCAUACGAAAAAAGCGCUAGAGUAUUUUAAGAAAGCAGUUGGUAGUGUGAAAAAAUGGGAUCCCCAUCAAAGAUUGAUUGCAGAAGUAUUUGGCAGGCUUAAUGAGGAAGGCAAUGUUGAAGAGGCAGAGGAACUAGUGGUUUUCCUUCGGAAUGCUGGGCAUGUCAGUGCUGAGACAUAUAAUUCACUUCUACGAACUUAUGCUCAAGCUGGUACAAUGCCACUUUUGGUUGAAGAACGGAUGAAGAAGGACAAUGUUGAAUUGAAUAAAGAGACUCGAUCACUUCUAAAAAGGAUCCGCAAAAUCUGUGCAAGUGAGGUUUCCGGCAUAUGCUCUCCUCCGGAAGUACCAGAAGAAAAUUUUGUAUAGUUCAUCAGAGUUUCAGUUUUCAAGUUCUUAGCCUUGUAGCCUUUGUUGUAGCCUUGAAGUUUUGAAAUUGUUGGCAUGUAUUUCUGUUCUUAAUU